CCCGAACCAGGGAGCAGCCCGAGUCCAGGUACAAACGUGUUUUAGGAAUUAUUAUUCACCCCACAGUAAGACGUCAGGAGUAUAAUAAGCUCGCAUUUUUAAUUAACGGCGCAUACGUAACGCACAGAUACUGAAAUAUUUUCAAAAUUAUACCAUUAAAAACCACCUCAACCGAUUACUGGCAAAAAUAUUAAGACUGCUGGGAAAAAAAAAAAAAAAAAAAAUUAAAAGAAUAAGGAACUGAAGACGAAAAAGGAAGAAAGAAAAAGUUGUAGAAGAGUGAAAACUGGGAGGUCGAACAAAUAACAUAUAAGAAGAAAAUGAAAAUGCGAGAACAACGAGAAGUAAUAUCUUACAGAGGUGCUUCCGCCAUUACCGCUGUUACAAGAUCACUGAUGUUCAUGCUUGUAUUUUGCUACGCCGGAUGCGCUGCUGGUUCCUGUCUCAGCUAUGGACACUCUUGUUGGGGCGCUCACGGAAAACGCAGCGGACAUAAUUAUGCGGGUGCUGGAAAUCCAACGGCAAACAAUGAGCGUUCCUCUAUGUCCGGAGCAGGUGCCGUUCAGGGGCCGCUAAACGACGGUGAAUCCUUACGGGAUCAAUGGAUCCUUUCUCGCCUAGUUACAAGACAGCUCUCCGCACCAGGGGCUGAAAAAUUUCGGGGAAAUUGGUACGACUCUAACAGAGGACGAGGACAUGGACGAAAUUGGGAUUCUAAUGACGUUGGCGUAGUGUCAGAUACCGCGAAGACGAUUCGCCGAGACCAAGUUGAUAUCGAGGAUGAGGAUGAGGACGAUGAGAUACGUGACGAAGCUGUGGUCUUACCCCGAUUAUUGUCCCGGGAAACUCGAGGACAGGUAUUGGAGCCACGAGAUAUCCCUGAUGAUGACGAACUUCUUCUUGUACCGCCGUCCGAUCACGAUCAUUUGAAACCUAUAGGCCAAUCGCACAAGUUACGAUUAUUCAAAAUUUUGAAUAGUGCAGCUGGAAAAAUUAAAUAAAAAGAAUCAUGGCCAUUGAAACGUAACUACUGACGAUAUCUUUCAUUUAAAAAGAUCCAUAGAUUUCAUAUUCGAUGAGUUUAGUUAUUAUUGGUUAUUAUUACCUGAAGUAGUGAAAUAUUUUUGUUUAAUAUAAAUAUUGGGUAAUUUUCAAUUUCGCAUCCACGGCUGUGACAUAAACUCUGAUUAAAAAAGGUAAUUGAAAAAAUUUUUUAGUCACAAUAUUCUGACUAAUAAUACAACAUUACUUAUUUUCAAAUGUAACUUCUUCGUUUCAUUUGGCGUACCAAUUCGUUAAUUAUAAAAAACACACAUACACAUGGUUGUGAAAGUUGGUUAAAUUUGGAAUGAAAAUUACUCAUUUAUAGUUUUCAAUAGACGGUAAGCUUCCGUGCAUUACAUAGUCCUGUACUGUACCUCGAUGAACUUGGAAGAGAAUUACAAGUUUGAAACAUACAAUAAGUAUUUCUUUUGCCCAUUUUUGAUUCCACAUGUUUCAAUUUCAAUCAAAAUGAUCCUCCAUGUAUACGUCUGGUAUACUCAAUAUGUGUAGAAUAAUGAUAGGUAUAAAAGUAUUAUAAAACGGACGGACAAAUAUGGUCUUGCACUAUUCCUAGGAAUGUUCUCUGAAGGGGGCUUUGCAUUUAAACCCUUAGCAUGGGAUCAUCGGAAAUCGCAUUUCGCAUCUGUAUAAUGUAUUGUCAGAGUAUACCUUCAGCUGUAUGAUAAUUCUCUACUAACAAGUAGGUACCUUUCGUAUAAGAUCGUAUAUGCUUAACGAUGAAAAUAAUUCAUAGAGAAACCAUUAAAAAAAUCACUCCAAUUUUUAGCUAAACUAUAACCGAAGGUUACGGGCUGGGCCUUCAGUGAAUAGUUUAGAACCUUCUGAAAAGUGUAGAUUGUUUGAAUUCGUUAAGCUUGAUCGAAGUUGUUGGUACGCAUCAUUAUUUUCGGUUUCCCAUAUGAUGUGAUGGAAUUCAAUUUAAUACUGAAAAUCUUUUCAUUUUUAAUCCGUCUGUUAAUUUAAAACUAUCUAUUCUACCAGUUGAUUGUCGAUUGUAAUAGUAAAAUAUUCCGAGUCUAACUAUAAUGAGGUAUGAAUACGCUCUGUUCAAAUGCUAUACUACAGUAUAAAGAUGAACCAAAUUAUUUACAACUGUACUAACGGAACUUGUUUAAAUAAAAUACAAUGAAGAGAUCUAUGGAA